AUGGGGGAGGGAGGAGUCGAUGAGGGUGCACGUAUAGGCGCCCUGUGGGAUGCGAUGGGAAAGUCCUGUGGCAAUCGUCUUGGAAACAAAACGUUUAAACCUCGAAAAAACAUUACUGAAAAGGACAAACAACAUGAUCUUCUCGUAUUGGAAGCCGCUGCCACUUUGGGGAGCGGUGACCUGCGUCAAGCUGUACAACUGCCAGAAGGUGAAGAUCUUCAUGAAUGGAUAGCCAUUAAUACGGUGGACUUCUACAACCAAAUAAAUAUGCUAUAUGGAACUUUGAUCGAAUUUUGCACCGAGGAAUCCUGUCCGGUGAUGAGCGCUGGAUCCAAAUACGAAUACCAUUGGGCUGACGGACAAACUGUAAAAAAACCCCUGAAGUGUUCAGCUCCGCAUUAUAUCAACUGUUUGAUGAGUUGGAUCCAGCAACAGUUAGAGAAUGAAGCCAUUUUUCCCUCAAAAAUUGGUGCCCCCUUCCCCCGCGAUUUCGUGAACGUUGUCAAGGUCAUACUGAAACGGCUAUUCCGUGUGUAUGCGCACAUCUAUCAUCAACACUUUUCUGAAGUUCGAGAUUUACAAGAAGAAGCACAUUUGAAUACAAGUUUCAAACAUUUUGUCUUUUUCGUCAUGGUAAGUCAUUUGUACUGUACCGGAUAA